AUGGAGCAGCUUAAGCAACUGGUAGCAGCGCAGGCGGUGCGCAACAAGCACCUGCCCAAGGAGGCCACACACAAGGACAAGCUGGAGCAGACCAAGCUGGCGGAGCGCGCUCAGAAGGAGGCGGCCAAAGCGGAGCGCGAGAAGCACAAGGUGGAAAAGGAGGAGGAGCGACUGGCCAAGGCCGCCGCUGAGCGCAUCGACCGUGCCUACUUCCACCCCGACUCCAAGCGCACCCAGAAGGACGAGAGGAAGCACCGCGACAAGGAGGCCCAUGAGGCGACGGGGGAUUACUGCGAGCACGGCGUCUGGCGUUGCAGGAUUUGCCACCCCGUCACCAAGCACAAGUGA